UAGUAAGGGCUUUUAGGGAAUUGCAGAGUGUUAUCCUUUCAAGCGGGAACCAACGGUUGGAGGAAGGCGCCACUGCCAACAAUGGCGUUGGUGUGUUCUUCUACGCUUUCUUCCAUCCUUUCCCUCCAAAGCCAUCAUCUUCUUUUGGAUUCUCAAACUUCAACCACACCAUUUCGUUCUUCUUUCCUCUUCAUCAACACAGAUAACUCAUUUUCUCUUGUAUGUCAUGCCAAGAAGAAGCUCACUUUUUUCGACCAAAUUCUCGAUUACAUCGAAGGGGGUCCAAAAUUAAGGAAAUGGUAUGGUGCACCUGAUCUCCUUCCAAAAGACGACACUAACACACAAGAUGAAGAGGAUGAUUAUCCGGAAGAUGAAAUCAGGGAUGCAGUGCUAGUAACAGAUGGAGAUAGUGAGAUGGGUCAGAUGGUGAUAUUGUCACUAAUUGUGAAGCCAACUCGAAUAAAGGCACUGGUAAAGGAUAAACGGGCUGCACUUGAAGCCUUUGGAACUUAUGUUGAGUCCAUGACAGGUGAUACAAGUGACAAUCGAUUCCUCAAGAAAGCUCUCAGAGGAGUUCGCACAAUUAUAUGCCCAAAUGAGGGUUUUCUUUCCAAUGUUGGGAGCCUUCAAGGGGUACAACAUAUAAUCCUCUUAUCACAGCAGUUGUCAGUUUAUAGUGGUAAAAGUGGGAUCCAAUCUAUGAUGAAAAGCAAUGCAAAGAAAUUGGCAGAGCAAGAUGAAUCAGUGUUGAAGAGCUCAGGGAUUCCUUACACCAUUAUUAGAACCGGUGCAUUUCAAGAUACAGCUGGUGGAAAUCAAGGCUUUACCUUCGACCAGCUAGUGGAAGUAUUAGCAAAGAAGAUGCUGCCUUUGUUUGUGUACAAGCCUUGGACUGUGUCCCACAAUCUGGAUUCAUAUUUGAGGUGGCGAAUGGCCAAAAUCAAGUUUCAGAUUGGAAACAAUGUUUGACAGCGUUGAUGGAGAAACCGAAUCAAUGACUUCAAUGAUCUUUCACAUGGCACCCUAUUUAUUUUUUCUAUUCUAGUGUUUGAAAUUGUUGGUGAAUACUAGAACCGCAUUUUCAUCAACACCCUGUUGUGCAAAUGAAUGGGGAUGAGAUAAGUUUACUUAGGCUCAUCGGCUCAACUAUUUUAUUCAAUUUUUCUUUUUCAAAUUCAAACUCGACAUGCAUAUUAAACCAAUCGGGAUGGCAGCAUUUUCAUUUGUUAUGGCAGUCACCAAAGUCCCAAUCAAUUCAUUAAUACAGGGUUACAGAGUUAUAGUUCA